GAACCGGAAGUUGUGGUUACGACGCAAUACGAGAAGUUUAGUAAGGCAGUUUUUUUAGUUUUGUGUAUCUCUUCUGCGCAGAGAUGUACAUUUAGUUGCGUUAAACACGGACUGUCACGUUUAUUUUUCUCUAAAAAAAUUAAUAAAACAAUGACCAAAGAGAGACGACACCGAAGAAGGGAAUCUCCCACGCGGGAGACCACAGUAAAGAUAAAACAGGAGAAGCUGAGCCCCAGUAGGCCACAGAGAUCACGCCGCUCGAGGUCCAGAUCCAGCGGAACCUCGAGCCCACCGAGGAGAAGAGCGAGCAGAUCACCAGCCAGGGCGAGGAACCGCUCACCAGACAGAAGGGAAACGUCUCCCGUGGGAACAAGCAGCAGAUCUCCCAGAAACAGAAGAAGUCGCAGUCCUCACCGUGGCAGCGACGUCAAAAUAAAGCGGGAAAAGGAUGAACAUAAGGCAGGUGGCGACGAGCGGAGACGAAGGAACGAGCAGUCGGAGGAUAGACGCAGCAGGUGGGAAUCGGACAGGUCGCGGGACCGAGAACGCAACAGAGACAGGAACCGGGAGCGAGGCGCUCUGGGCUCUCAGCAAGAGGAGCGCCGGCAGCACGACGAGCGCCGCAGGGAAAAUCGUCAGCGGCGUGACGAGGAAGAGGACGAGGAAGGGAAUUUUGGGAUGUCUGAAGGCGGGAGUGACGACUCCAGGGCUCCUCCAGCCGAGAAAGAGAAGCCCAACUUCGAACUGUCGGGGGCGCUCACGGAAGACACCAACACGUUCCGGGGAGUGGUGAUCAAGUACAACGAGCCGCCCGAGGCUCGCAUUCCCAAGCGCCGCUGGAGAUUGUACCCCUUUAAGAACGACGAACCGCUCCCUGUGAUGUACAUCCACAGACAGAGUGCCUAUUUGUUGGGGCGGCAGAGAAGAAUCGCUGACAUCCCCAUUGACCACCCCUCCUGCUCCAAGCAACACGCGGUAUUCCAGUACAGAUUGGUGGAGCACACCCGGGCAGACGGCACCACCGGCCGCAGGGUAAGGCCUUACAUAAUCGACCUUUGUUCAGGUAACGGCACCUACCUGAACAAUCAGCGGAUCGAGCCCCAGCGCUACUACGAGCUCAAAGAAAAGGACGUUCUCAAGUUCGGCUUCAGCAGCCGCGAGUACGUCCUGCUGCACGAGUUCUCGGACACGAGCGAGGUGGACGUGAAGCAGGAAGAGGAAGACGACGAGGGAGUCGACGAGUGAAAGAUUUCCCGCAUACUCUUAUUGUCAACAUAUAUGCAGGCAAGAUCAUUAAAAUUGUUUAAAAAUGCAGAGCUGUUGUCUGAAAAUGGACCUACAACACUGGUAAUCGCAGGAAUUAGUAUGCUGAUGUGGGAUUGUUGUACAUAUUCUGUAAGUAAUGACGUCUUGCUUAAAUCUGCCACAGUUGUCUCAAAGUAGACCUCCUAUUCUCAGGUUUGUGUGAUGCAUGGUUGAUCUUACCGAUCUCAUGUAACGUGUCAGGGUACAAAAACGUCACUGCGGUGUGCCCCCUGCAUUCUUAAAUAAAGAUUUCUUAUUGACAGGAUUAAAAAAGAAGACCCACAGAUUACAUUUAUUUUUCCUUUGACAUCUUUUGUAGAGCAAGCGCAGGGGAAAAAUAUUUAUGUGCGUGUCUUUGCACCUCUGCAAUGUGCAUUAGACUUGCCAUUUCUUUUCUUUUCUUUUUUUUCCAGGUCAGAUGCAUUUAUAGUAAAUGUUAAUUUUUUUACUGUAAAUAAAAGCUAAAGCGUUAGAUUAAAGAGUUUUGUUGGCCAAUUUGUUUGUGUUCUUUACAUGCAUGUGAUACAUUGAGAGUCAUUCAAAAUGUAGGCUUUCUUGGUGUGUAAAUUCUCUUAUACCUGUUUUUUUUUUUUUUUUUU